AUGAACGACUACAAGAUUGAUUGUGUUGGACGGAUUCAACAAAGCUUUGGUUUAAAUGGGGAUUUUAAUUCAGAGUUUGGCAGUUGUUCUAGUCAAUAUUUUGAUAUCAUACAGGCUUCAAACAUGGCAAGUUGCAAUCAGCCACUUGCUAUUGCCAGUGGUGGAGGGAUGGAACAGGAACCACACACAGGCCAAAUCAAAUCAUCUAGCAGCAUUAUCAGCCGUUUUGAGUCACCAGCUUCAGCCUUUUAUGCAACAGAAAUCUGCAUGGGUUUCCCACAAUAUGAUAGACUAGUUGGUAAUCCCUCUUUGAUAUCUCAAUUUUCUAAGAUUAGUGAUGUGGAAUUCCCUUUGUAUCAAGCUCCCAAGCAAAACCUUUUCUUGGCUUCAUUGGCAAACCAACCUGCUCCCAACUUUGAGUUGUCAAAUCCCUUGCAAGCAAUGCUCAUAUCUCAUGUGAGUCGUGAUCAAUGUAUUAGAUCUCCUGAAAAAUCCAAUAAAAUUCCAUGUGGGAAUUUCCUUGGCAGCAGUUUUCUUCCAAUCGAACAACCUAAGUUGUUCAUUGAUGCUGCUGCAAGCCCUUCAAUUCCUUCUAAGGGAAAUCAGGAUCAAACAGAUUCUUGUGCCUCAUAUAAUUUACCUGCUACACAGAUUAUCUUCUCUUCUCAGCAAGAGAUGCUGUCACCAACACUCUCAGCAGGUAGCUUGUUAACUUCUUCUGGAAACUCUACUUCAAAUGGACCAGUGGUCUCAAGUAAAACAAGAAUAAGAUGGACUCAGGAACUUCAUGAGAAGUUUGUUGAGUGUGUGAAUCGCCUUGGAGGUGCUGAGAAAGCAACGCCAAAAGCAAUAUUGAGGCUAAUGGAAUCAGAUGGAUUGACCAUCUUCCAUGUUAAAAGUCAUCUGCAGAAAUAUAGAAUUGCCAAAUACAUGCCACAAUCAACUCAAGGGAAAUCUGAGAAAAGAACCAAUGUAGAGCAUGUGCAUCUUGAUGCCAAAACUGGAUCGCAAAUUAGAGAGGCACUUCAGUUGCAGCUAGAUGUUCAGAGGCAUCUUCAUGAACAGCUAGAGAUUCAGAGAAAAUUACAGCUGAGGAUUGAGGAACAAGGUAAGCAGCUGAAAAUGAUGUUCGACCAACAGCAGAAGACAAGUGGAACUAUGUAUCAUUCUUCGCGGGAGCCGAACGGAGUUCAUUGCAGUGUGACCAACUUUGGAGGCUCAGAAAAGAACAGCUUCAACUUCCAACAACAUGGGCGACAUUUGUUUGAUGUUCCCGUUUCGUGUUUGAACUUCGAUUCGCAAAAUUUCCUGUUUCAAUAUUCUGGGGACAACUCGGGUCCACUGUUCGGAAAUGUUGUUGAUUCCUUCUUGUCCAGAAAUGAAGACACGUUCUGUGAAGGGUAUGGUGAACUUUACGAGCAUUUCAGAAACGAACAUGACAACAUCUUGGAGGAUGCUGCUUCUGCCCCAGUUAAUCGGUCAGCUGGUUCUUUUUCUAUGCUAGAGGAGGCUCUGCGCAUCAGCAGUGAGUAG